AUGCCAUCCAACCGUAAAAUACCACCGUUUCGCUCUGUGCAACCCAAAGCAACUACUCCUUUGCAGCAACAGCUCCUCAGGACACAAGCACAAGACUUGGCGCAUGCUGAAGCGUCAAAUGCUGCGUUGGCUAAUCAACUCAAUCCACCGGAUCUACCGCAAGCAGAAGAGCAUUUAGGAGUAGAUGUUGGAGGUUAUGCUCAGGAAGCAGAAGCGCAUGAGAUGGAACAAGAUGAGGUAGGCGAAGAGGAUGAAGGAAUUGACCUAAAUCGAUUUAUGCCAGAUCGAGCCCCACCGCCGGUUGGGGAUAAUGCAGAGGACCCCAUUUCGGCUGCUUUACACAGAGAAGCUCAUCUGGCAGACCGACUAGCCCACAAAAAACAAUGGCUUUGGCAAUAUGCUAUCAUGCUGCCGACAUUCCUUCGAGGUAGGUUAAAAACUUUGAACUGGGGAGAUCAAACAAAAUGGAAUGAAGACUUAAGACCGGUGUGCAACUGCACAAUGAGGACUGAGCACAAUGUCGACCUGGUAGAUUUUUUAUCCCGAUGUCGAACAAAAGUAUUGUUCUGCAAAAAUUGUGAUCUAUCCGACCCUCAAAGGCUUCUGCAGGUGGGGUACAUGGCUGCAUUGCCUUUGAAGCCACGAACAGCAUUCUCCAUUCGACUGCUAGUUCAUCACCACUCCCAGUGGAUAAGGUUUGCUGUACCAACAGAAGGAUUUUGCAACACCCUAGACUCUGCACUAGAUAGUAGCAAUCCUGUCAUAUUGACAUCUAGUGGUCAGCCAAGAAAUUGGUCACAGCCAUUUUCUUUAGCCGUGGAUGCCUACCGGUCGUUGAUCAACCAGAUACUCAUGAAGGCCACAGAACUCUUCCUAAGGUUACCUACCCCUAGUGCUGGUUCCUUGAUUACAAUUCCACCUUUGAAUAGCAGUUCUAUCAAAUCCAACUCGAAACCUAGUACCUUACAACCAAAUCCUUUACAGGUUACCGUGGGAAAAAUCCAUACUCAGCCAUCUUCACCGCCAUUUCCUACCCCUGCCAAAGCUGCUUCCUUGUGUUAUUUGCCUUUUUCAUCGGUACCUGGCUCCAAUUUUGAUGAAAUAGAUUUUAGGGAAAUGCUUCAUGGUGAAACUAUUGAUCUCCUAGCUCAAGACAUUGAAAAUCGAGUUCGCAAUCUAGAGGAUCCAACUCAGUAUGCACCUUCUAACGAAUCAUUGCCUCUCACAUCACUAUCAGUCCUGGAGGCUUCGAACAACAAGGAGCGUAAGAUUGUCAACGCUAAAACUACUUCUGCAGUUCUCAAAGCCAAAGGCCAAAAUGUCACGACGGAUGGCGCCCUUCUUCAUGGGAAAAUGUUUUGUUUUGGUGCUUGUGCUGGUUAUGCUAAAGAGAUACUGUAUUCGCCUUACGUUCCUUGCCAUGGUGCCUUGCUGUUGCUUUACAAACUCUUUCUCAGCGAGCUUCGAAACUUUGGCAGUCAUAAAUCAGCUCAGAACUUUGAAUGCCCCUGCGAUGACUGCCACGAAUAA